UUUAUUAAAUGAGUAAGGAUAGUCUGCCUAUGUUCAAGUUUAUUGUAGUUGGAGAUCAAUGUAAAUGGAUAUGUCAGACUUAGCUGUUGGCAAGAGUAGCUUUGUUAAAUAAUAUUCCGAAAGCUAAUUUAUAGAAGGCGCGAGUAAAGCAACAAUUGGAGUGGAAUUUGUUAAGAAAUUGGUGGUUGUUGAUAAACGCAGAGUGGAGCUCUAAAUAUGGGAUACUGUAAAUGUUUUGAGUGAUCGAUUAGGCAGGAUAAGAAUAAUUUAGAAGCAUGAUUAAGAGUUUUUAUCGCGGAGCUGCAGCUGUCUUUGUGUUAUAUAGUAUCAAUUAAAGAGAUUCAUUUGAGAAGCUGUAAGACUGGUUAACUGAAUUGCAUGAAAGUGCUCAUGAAGAAAUUGUCAAAAUUCUUGUAGGAAAUAAAUCAGAUAUGGAACGUAGUGUUCAAAAACAAGAAGCUGAAAAAUUUAUGAAUGCAAACAAUUUUAGUUUGUUUUUUGAAACUUCUGCAAAGACUGGCGAAAAUGUAGAAAAAGUAAAUAUUUAAUAUAUAUCCAAGGCCUUUGUAGAGGCAGUAAAAUUAGUGAUCAUGAGGAUGUUUACUAGUGAUUCAUUUAAGAACUCAAUUAAAACUACCAAAAAAACACCAGCAAGUUCGAAAUAGAAUACGAGCAGAAGUGAUUAACCAAUUACAGAAGUGGCAUCAUUCACUUCAAAACCAAUUCAAUUGUAAUCUGAUCACACUUAAGAAAAUAAUCAUGCAAAAAAGCAAUGUUGUUGAUUUUGUAAUUCCAAUUCCAAUUUUAUUUUCUAUAUAUAUUAC